AUGGCCUCCAAGUUCAGAAUCCUGAACUUCUUCACUCACAGUCUCUCUCCCAGAAUCACCGCCGCCAAUGCCUCCCACCGUUUCCUUUGCGGCAACCAUCUCUGCACUACCGUGGAGUCGCCGGAGCUUCCACCGUGGCUCAAGUUCUCCGAUGCCCCGACCCCUGCUGACGCUGACUCAGACGACAACUUCGUUAUCCCUUCACUCGCCCAUUGGGUCGACACCCACAUCCUCACCUCCAAGCCCAAACGCCCCACGCAAUCCUCCAAGCAAAACAGCCUUGACCACCACGUCGAAGCAGUAUCCACACUUCUCAAAAAUCGCUACUCUUCUCCCGAGCUACUCGCUGCAGCACUUGAUGGAGGUCGUUUUCAGCCAUCAAGCGAUUUGGUUUCGCAGGUUCUCAAGAGAUUCAGCAACGAUUGGGUCGCAGCUUUCGGGUUUUUCAAAUGGGCAAAAUCUCAAACAGGUUAUCGGCAUCCUCCCGAACUCUACAACUUGAUGGUUGACAUCUUGGGAAAGUGCAGAUCCUAUAAUUCAAUGUGGGACUUGGUGAAGGAAAUGUCGCAACUGGAAGGGUACGUCACAUUGGAUACAAUGGCUAAGGUAAUAAGAAGGCUUGCCAAGGCUCGCAAGCAUGAAGAUGCUAUAGAAGCAUUUCGAAGAGUGGAGGAGUUUGGUGUUAAGAAGGAUACUGCAGCGUUGAAUGUUCUCAUGGAUGCGCUUGUGAAAGGGGAUAGUGUUGAACAUGCCCACAAGGUUGUUUUGGAGUUUAAGAGUAGGAUUCCUCUGAGUUCUCAUUCUUUCAAUAUUUUGAUGCAUGGGUGGUGCAAAGUGAGGAACUUUGACAAUGCAAGGAAAGCGAUGGAGGACAUGAAGGAACACGGGUUUAAGCCUGACGUAUUCUCGUACACUAAUUUCAUUGAAGCGUAUUGCCACGAGAAAGAUUUCCGCAAGGUGGAUCAAGUUUUGGAGGAGAUGAGGGCAAAUGGGUGCUUGCCUAAUGCUGUGACUUACACUAGUGUGAUGCUCAAUCUGGGGAAAGCAGGGCAACUGAGUAGAGCUUUGGAGGUUUAUGAGAAAAUGAAGAGUGAUGGAUGUGUGGCUGACACUCCAAUUUAUAGCUGCUUGAUAUACAUCCUUGGCAAAGCUGGGAGGCUAAAGGAUGCUUGCGAUGUGUUUGAGGAUAUGCCUAAGCAGGGGGUUGUGAGAGAUGUGGUGACAUACAAUGCUAUGAUUUCUGCUGCUUGCGCACACUCGCGGGAAGAGACUGCGCUCAGGUUGCUUAAGGAAAUGGAAGACGGAUUGUGCAAACCAAAAGUGGAGACUUACCAUCCGUUGCUCAAGAUGUGCUGCAAAAAGAAGAGAAUGAAGGUGCUCAAAUUUUUGUUGGAUCACAUGCUCAAGAACGAUAUAAGCCCUGAUGUGGCGACUUACUCGCUCCUGGUAAAUGGUCUGUGUAAAAGUGGAAAAGUUGAGGAUGCUUACUCGUUUUUUGAGGAAAUGGUCUUGCAGGGAUUGACUCCGAAGUACAACACGCUCAAGCGAUUGAUUGGAGAGCUCGAGUCCAAGAGCAUGACAGAAGAGAAGGAGCGUGUUGAAAAAUUGAUGGAUCGCAUCUUACAGAAACCAAAUAUCUAG